AUGUAUGAUGUCACAGUAGGAAUUGCUGCUGUUGAAAAUGUGCUACCAUCAUUCAUGGGUUUCUCACAAAGCGGUGGCGCCAUCGGUCUAGCACUCGACCGAAUGCGUUCCGAGGGUAUAACCUAUGGAUUUGACUUCAAGUUUGUGGUGAAUUACACCGAAUGCAGUUCUGAGACGGCGGUCGGAGUGGCUUUGGAGCAAAUGGUGAAGCAGAAUGUGGAUGUCGUUAUUGGUCCUCCUGUCCAACAU